AUCGGCGGAGAGAAGCUCCACACACGCGUCUCAGCUUUUAAAUCUCUCCACCGUCUGAUUCUCUCGUUACCGACGCCGCAUCUCUGCGGAUAAGUGGCCCGGGGACUUUCCUGGGUCGGAGCUUAGACAAGCCAAUAAGACCCAUUCACUUCGUCCAAUGACAAUUGUUACUCUUUCUCAUUUGUACAACUAUAUAUACAGACUUGAUAUAGUCCAAGUAACCGAUGUGGGAUAUUAAGCGAGUUCUAAGUUAAUAUCACAAGAGUCGAUGACUCAACACUUGAUCUAAGCCAAAAGGCCGAGAAAGGUAUGAAUUAGACUUUGGCUCGACCUCUUUUUUUUAUAUACUUGAAGAUGAAACGACUUAAUGUUAGCUAGCUAAACGAUGUGGGACAAAUACAAAAGUAAUAAUGUCAGAAUCACAAAUUCUACAUUCAUGUUCUGUCAUUGCAACAUAAAGAGAUGUUGAAUUAUUUAAUAACUUGCACGUUAUCUACAACAACAACUCAUUGACUUGAUCCACAAACUACUCUUGUUGUUGGAUGUUAAGUUUUUGACUCCAUUAAAGAGCUCUUCUUCUUCUUGGCUUAUAUAUCAUUCAAGCUAACUUCCAAUUCCAAAAAAAAUCCUUCUCUUUUCUUUUUCGGUGAAAUAUUGACGGUGGAGAUGAGGCGACAAGGUCGGCAACAUGGUCUAGUCAGAGGUUACCGGAUUCUUCCACCACCGCUUAACACAAGACCGGUCAACUCUUUGACUUCACCUCAAACCUCUGAGUUAUUUACCGAAUCGCCAUCUAAACCAACCAAAGCUCACCGGAAAGUGUGGCCUGGCCAGGUGCAUUGGGUGAGAUCAAACGACAUUGCUUCAUCAAGCUACAAACUGCUGACGUGGAGGAUCAAGACUGUCCCUGGAUCCGAUCCUGUUUUGGAUCUCCCUGGUUUCUUGGAUCCUCAUAACUGUGAAGACAAUGUAGUAGAAGGAGAAGAAGCUAGAGUACUUGAAACGGUGAAGACAGAGAGUAAUGGAGAUAAUAGUGAUAAAGAAGAAGAUGGUGGAUCUCUUGAUUAUGGUGAAAAUAUGAGUUUUUACGAUGUGGGGAUGAUGAUGACGGAACAUGUGUUAGAAGAUGACGAUGAAGAAGAAGAUGGUUGGUGUUUGGUCUAAUGAUGUCUCCCUCACGUGGAUCAGCUUUUUUCCUUUUUAUUUUGUGACUGUUCAUUUGGUUACUUUACGUUAUCUUUUAAGUAAAGUUGGUAGCUUUACAAAUUUCAAGAUUAA